CAAACCCAAAAAGGACAGCAAAAAGAAGCUUGAGACCUCACGGUAUGAAAUGGUGCACCCUCGUAACCACCACUGUAUGGAACGUGUCCCCCUCCAUGAUUCCCAAAUCUCGAAUCAAAUUCGAACACGCCACUUCCAAUUCCGGUAUUAAUAGCCACAAUCCUCCUCACAAAAGCUCCCAUCCCUCCGGAAUCAUUCACCAUCGAACCAUGGGAAGUGAAGGUUCCGAUAUGAUGGUUGUGACGAGAAAACCAAGGAUCCUUUGCCUCCAUGGAUUUCGAACCAGCGGCGAAAUCUUCAGAAUUCAAUCGAAGAAAUGGCCGGAAUCGGUACUUGAAAAAGUCGAGUUGUUCUUCCCCGAUGCACCGUUUCCUUGUAAUGGAAAAUCCGAAGUCGAAGGGAUUUUCGAUCCGCCUUUCUACGAAUGGUUCCAAUUCAGCAAGGAGUUUACGGAGUAUGAGAAUUUCGAUAAAUGUCUUGAAUAUAUUGAAGAAUGUAUGAUUAAGUAUGCACCAAUCGAUGGAUUGCUUGGAUUCUCACAGGGUGCAAUUUUGGCAGCUGCAUUGCCAGGACUGCAAGCUAAGGUAUGUUGUGUCUGUCCAUAACUAAACGCCAUUGCUAAGUACAAUUAUCUAUGCAUAAUGAAUAACCAUUGUUGAUACAUACGUUGAAUUCGAUAAACACAAUGUGAAUAAAUGUUUAAAAAAUUUGUCAUGCAAAGAACAUGGGUGUUAUUUAAGGGAAGCAUAAGAAUAAGUAAUCCUUAUUGUAAACGUUUAUUACUGAUUACUUCACAAAUGAAUACAAUCUUUUGGAUUGUUUCAAAAUAAAUGUUUAAUAUUGUAUACAACUUGAAUAAUGGUUUUCAAGUUUCAGAAUGUUUACUAUUCUUGUGUGAAUAUGUCC